AUGGCCAGUUGGUCCGAUCUUCCCGAAGCUCUCAAGGGAAGCUUCGACAAGUUCUCCCAGCUUCUCCAGUCGGACGACCAGCUGAAGGCAUUUACAACAUCAAAUGCAAUUGACAAGCCGGCAACCUUCGGAAUUAAAUCGAGCGGAUCCGACAACACCAUCCUAAUCGAAGUGAGCAACGGCUCCGCGAAGGCCAAAACUGGCUCUCCGAAAGAUGCGCUUUUCACGCUUUCCGCUCUUCCAGAGCAGUGGGAGCAGUUCUUCAAAAAAGUGCCUGUUGCGCCCUACCAAAGCUACUGGGGCAUGUUCGGCAUGAACAUCAAGCAGAAAGGCACUGAAGUGCAGGGCGACGAGACUGAAUUCGCGCACUGGACUCACGUCUGGCGACGCGUUCUCGAGCUUGCGCACGACGCGCAGUGCGGACCGAUGAAGGAGGACACGCAGCCGGAACCGACCCAGGACUACCUCACAGGCAAAUACGUGUACCUAGAAACUCCAGCGUGGGGCAAGUCUAAGGUCUUCUACGAGUAUUCUGGAGAAGGCAAGCAAGCGAUUGUGUUCCUUCACACAGCGGGCAGCGACAGCCGACAAUACCAUGGAGUGAUGAACGACUCGCGAAUGCGGUCUAGAUGUACAAUGUACGCUUUUGACCUGCCCGCGCAUGGGAGGAGCUUCCCAUCUCAGAAGUCCCUCCCUGGUGCACACACCAUUACUGAGGAUGGCUACGUGGGCAUCAUCGCAGCUUUCGUCAAGGCAUUAGGACUGCGGAGACCCAUCAUUUGCGGUGCUAGUAUGGCUGGCCAAGCGUGUCUGGCUGUUGCGACCAGGCAUAAGGAGGUUGGAGCUAUUGGCACUAUUCCUCUGCAAGGAACUGAGUACCUCAGCAUGGAACGGCUGUGGCACGACCGCUCGCCGUACGUGAACCAGUCUUUAUUCAACCCAGAGUGGGUUUACGGGAUGAUGUCGCCAACAGCACCACUUGUGAACAAACAGCUCCUAUGGCACACCUAUAGCUCCCAAGCCUAUGGUAUCUUCCACGGCGACCUCGAUUUCUACUUCGGCGGCUUCGACGGCCGUUCCCGCGUCGCCAACAUCGACACGAACACUUGUCCUGUCUUCAUGCUCACUGGAGAGUACGAUUGGUCAAACACACCUGAGAUGGCCCAGAAGACGGCGGACAAGAUUCCCGGCGCGGAGCAUAAGACGAUGCCGGAUCUGGGCCACUUCCCCGCAACCGAGAACCCGCAGAAGUUCGUGCCACAUCUGAUCGAGGCGAUUGAGCAUAUUCAGAAGGUGCGAGCGGGUAACUUGAGCACAAUGAGGUUGAGCCAGGAUUAG